AUGGGAGCCAGUGUGUCUUCACCUGGCAGGAAGAUCGUACUUCUUGGGAAAACCGGAGAUGGAAAAAGCAGCGCUGGAAACACAAUCCUUGGAAAAAAUAUUUUCACCACUGAUGCUUCACCAAAUUGAGUUACAGUUCGAUCUAUGAGAUGAGAGAGGAAGGUUUAUGGACAGAACACUCCUGGACUCUUUGACACAGACCGAGAUGAUGAGUCCAUCGAAUCUGAGAUCAUUAGAUCCAUUAUUAAUUGUGCUCCAGGCGUUGAUGCCUUUGUCAUUGUGCUAAAAGUUAUAAGGUACACAAGACACGAAAGAGAGAUUGUGAAUGAAAUAAGAAAGUAUUGUGGUGAGGAAGCCUUUAAACAUGCAGUGGUUUUAUUCACUCAUGGUGAAGAUCUAGAGGGUCAAACCAUUGAAGAAUUUGUUCAGAGAAGUCCACAGCUGCAGGAGCUUGUUGACAGAUGUGGAGGUCGCUGUCACGUCAUUGACAGUAAAUACUGGAGAAAAUGUCUCCAUUGCCCCUGUAGCUGUGGGUUCAAAAGCAACAGGGUCCAGCUUCAAAAUCUACUAGCUACCAUAAAUGAAAUGUUUAAUGAGAACGGCCGCUAUACCAAUGAGAUGCUUCAAAAUGUGGAGCAGAUGAUUAUUCAAGAAAUGAUGAAUACAAAUGAAGACUCAGUGUCUCCAAACCAGCAGCGAGAGAAAGCAGAGAGAAUUGUGCAUGAUCAUCUAAUGAUGAAACUUGCAGGUGCAUCAAUAGGGGCUCUAACUGGUGCUUUAUUGAGCAUUGUUGGUAAUGUUGCAUUAGCUGCGACCUGCCUAAUAGAAGCCAGCUCUUCAGAAGCAGCUGGGACAGGGCUUUCAGGAUUCAUCGCUGGAGGAGCUAUAGGAUGGGAAGCUGCAAGAGAAGCUGAUUCUGUAUAUGAUGCUGUAAAGAUGGGCACAGCAGCUACUUAUGAGAACGCUAAAGUUGCUGUUGAGAAUAGCUCCUCUGCAGGACUCAAGACCGGAUAUCAGCCGCUGAUUCGGGCAGAUCUUGAGCAGAGGGGUCUGGAGUACAGACGAGAUGAGAUGCUCCCUGCAACCCUCAACGAAGACCGCUGGGUACAGCACAGAAGAGGCCACAGCUACCCCAGCAGAGGUUUGGCUCAGGGCAGCUGGAUUUUUGGCCUGGCUCUGUGCAGAGUCCUAUUCUACCUCUGCUGCACCAACAUGUACGCUUCCAUAUUUCUGAUCAUGCUGAUGAGUCUCCACAGGCUGGUGGUGAUAGUGUGGCUGAAACACAUGGGGACACUGACGAACCGCAGGAUGCUCACACGGGUGCUGGCGGGACUCUGGGUUCUUGCUCUAGGACUCUCUGCGUCCGCUUUGGUUUUCAGGACCACCGAGGUCAGCAAUGAGACUCUCAAGGCUGAGAGCCAGCUGUAA